GUAGCUCCAGAUGCACCGCAUGAGAACAAGCUGACUGAAAUCCAGAAUUUCAGAAUAGACUACGGAACUACUGAAAUAAGUCACCGUACUUAGAAGAAAGUUAUUUUUUCAUUUAGGAAGAUUUCAGAUGCUUCACACUUGUUUUCAUUUUUUGCCAACACAAUGAAGGAAAUGUCCUGCCUCUGCAUGACUUUUUCUUCCUUGUUGGAACCAAUGGUGAAGACUUAUAAAUACAUGACUGGUAUUUUUUCAGUGACUCAUACCUCAGAGCAACAGACUUCAGAUCGUGAUAAGCAGCCAACCAAGAUGGAUGUAAGCUUACUUGAGGAGCAGUAUGACCAUAUGAAACAGAAGCAAAAACUGCAGUCGCACAUUAUCGUAUUUAAAACAGGUGAACAUGAAUCUGUUCUGCCAGAACCAAUGAUCAAUGCUGUUUUAAUUAAUACAAAAGUCAGAAGAUCAAAGUCUUUUACAGAACAUGCUCCUGUCAGAAAGGUCAGAGUGGAGAUGACCAGCAGCAGCAACAUACAAAACAACUCACCAUGGCAUACCCACCUGGGAAUUCACCGCCUGGUGCAAGCCCCUUGUCAAGGAGUUACCUGGGAUCUUUCCCACUGCAAGAAUGGACAAUGCAGUUUUGACAAUCAGAGACUGAUUUCAAAGGGAAACGACAAACUGCAACCCAAGGAAUUAGAAGGAGCAAGCAAACCAUCUGCGCUCAGUCAACUGGGAAGUUCAAGCAUGUUGAACAGUUUCAGUAAAGAGAAUAGUAGCAACAUUUCAAGCACCUGCCAAAAGCCUGCUCUGAAAUCAGCCACUUCGGCAGUUUGGGCACAUCAAGAUACUUCUACAAAAUGCAUGCCAGCCUGUAAUAAACAGAAAUUUUACCCUUUCCCUAUAAAAAAGGGCCCAGAAUUUCUGAAGCAGCAAGGAGGCUUGGAUUGUAUGUCUCACAAUGAAGACAUUCAGUACUAUAUAAAUCUUAGCCAAAAACUUGACUAAAACUUAAAAGAGCAGGAUAGCCUUCCUAGUAACACUGAUUGACCUGCUGAGGGUCUACUACUUUUAUUAACCACGGAAGUUCCUUACUACAUAAUGUUGUUUUACAGUACAGUGUAAAAUUAGAUGUCCUCAUGAAAAUACUGGGCUGCAAUGACAGAUACUCAAUUCUAUUAUUUGAGAUACGACAGCAAUUUUAUCUUUUUUUUUUUUCCCUAUUUUCAGGUUACUGAUUUUAGAAACUAAGAUUUUAUCACAGCAAUAUUUGAAAUAUCUGAAAAAGCUAUAGCAGAGACUAGUAGAACUACUGAUGAAGCAACUAGGCUAAAUUUCAGCACAGUACUAUUUAAUUAGACAAUAAACAAGGAACAAAUGAAAGCACCUGUCUUGAAGGUGAUUGGUACACUUAACAUAUGAUUUCAUCAUUCACUUUCCUCAAAAAAAGAUAUUCAAGAUACUUUCUGAUGUAUUUUUAAAAUCAAUGAAUAAAACCUCUGCUCAAUUCUGUGGUUGUUUUAAAGCAACUUACUAAAUGUCAUCUUCUUAUUGUAUAUAAAUUCUAUAAUAACAUAAUGUUGGUUCCUAUCUCUCCUCAGUAUUUCAUUAGAAAAUAAAAGUCUGAAACAAUUA